AUGGUAUACCGAAAUGCGAAUGACGGCAAUAUGGUCAUACGACGUUGUUGUACAUCUGGUUGUGGCGAAGAUGGGAAAACAUCGGAGUUUGAAGGCAGAGAAGCCUAUUUUUGUACAUCAAAUUUAUGCAACGCAACUCAAUCUACUAGUACCUCUACUAUUACAACUGCAACAACAACCGUACAAACUUCACUAGCAUGCUAUGACUGUUCCGGUUUCAAUGAACAGUGUGGAACAGAAUCAACACUAAUAUCCAAUUGUAGGAGUUGUAUGGUCUAUCGAAAUCCUGUAGAUCAGACUAAAAUCGAACGCCAUUGCUGUUAUUGGAAUUGUGGCAGUUCAGGCACUAUAACUGAAUAUGAUGGACGACCAACUUAUUUUUGUUCAAAUGACAGAUGUAAUGGAAUAGGUGUAGAAAGUCUUUUGGAACCUACAGGUUUCAGUGAACAGUGUGGAACAGAAUCAACACUAAUAUCCAAUUGUAGGAGUUGUAUGGUCUAUCGUAAUCCUGUAGAUCAAACAAAAAUUGAACGUCAUUGUUGUUACUGGAACUGUGGUACUCCUGGAAGCGUGUCAGAAUAUGAUGGUCGGCCAACUUAUUUCUGUACAAAUGAUAAAUGUAAUGGAAUUGGAGCCGAAUAUAAUUUAGGCUCACCAGCCACUACCAGUACUACAACAACGGCAUCUUUAAUUGGUCCAUGUAUAUUAAAUUGUAAAAAUGGGGGAACACUGGAGACGGUAGAUGGGUGUUAUUGUUAUUGUGUAGAAAAUACAUCUGGAAAAGAAUGUGAAACUAUUGAUUGCAGUAAACAAGAUGAAAAUGAUGAAGCAUGUAAUGUAGGAAAUAAACCGUUAUGUUAUGAAAGUGAAAUAUUCGUUCAUGAAUGUCGUCAUUUAUGUGAACUAUGUUAA